UACAAGAACGUGAUUCAACAUUUGGAGGCGCUCGAGCUCCGAGUGGAAGCGGGAUGCCGUUAAACAGCCGAGGAAGUAAACGGCGGAAGUGUUAGCAGCGUUAGCCUCUAGCUAACUGUGGACGGAAGGUUCUAGAGAAGACAGUUCGUGAUGUCAAAGGUAAAUAUUUCGCCCCUCGUCAGCGAAGCAGCGAUGUCCUCGCUUCAGUUUCUGAGCGAGUUAAUCUGCGAGCGACUGUCUGCUGCUGCCGAAGAAAUAUUCCGCGCGUUUGAAAGAACCGUCGUGGAGUACGAGGACGAGGUGGAUCGUCAGCGAAAGCUGCUGGAGAUCGCCUGGAAACCUCAACUCAAGUUACAGCGGAUAGAGCUUCGGCAGCAGUAUGUUCAUGAGAAGGAGGAGGUUCUCGCUGACCAGGAGAGGAACUCCAGUCUGGAGGAACCAGAAUCUCUACAGACUAAAGAGGACCAGGUGGAAAUGUGCACCAGUCAAGAGCAGAAGGCUGAUCCCAUAGGUUUGACUCCUGAAAAUGGUCACGUGGAACCAGAACCAGACGGUGACCUCCAGCUCCUCUCUCCUGUAGCUGAGAGUCAAGACCAGACAAGAAGCAAGACGGAGCUUCCACAGCAGCAUGAGAAGGAGGUUCUCACUGACCAGGACAGGAACCCCAGUCUGGACCAAGAGGAACCAGAGUCUCUACAGAUUAAAGAGGACCCUGAGGAAAUGUGCACCAGUCAGAAGCAGGAGCCCCUUUUACAGAAACAGGAGGCUGAUGCCUUUAUGUUGACUCCUGAUAAUGAGAAGAGUGAUCACAUGGAACCGCAACCAGAACCAGUCUCUCACAGACGCAAACUUAAGGACUCAAAACCAAAAAAGAGACGAGACAAAAAGAAUACUCUCGAAAACAAAAAAACAAAGACUAAGACUAAAACUCGUAUAUACAAGAAGUCUUUAAAAUGCGACACUUGUGGAAUUUUAUUUUCAACACGUUAUCAGGUAAAGGUACAUAUGAGAGUUCACACAGGAGAGAGGCCGUUUUCCUGCGAAAUAUGUGACAAGGGUUUUAAAAGACCCUAUCACUUGUCACUGCACAUGAGAACCCACACAGGUGAGAAGCCAUACGCCUGCAAAACCUGCGGGAAAACAUUUUGCCAAUUCCCGGGGAUGAAAUCUCACAUGAAAAGACACACGGGCGAGAGGCCACAUUUUUGUAAAACGUGCGGGAAGCGCUUCUUUCAGCUUGUGCACUUGAGUAAUCACAUGAGAACUCACACCGGUGAGAGGCCGUUCUCUUGCUACAAGUGUGAGAAAACGUUCAGUCAAAUUUCUACAAUGAAAACACACAUGAGAAUUCACAAGGAUGAAGAAAAGUUUUCUUGCAACACGUGCGGGCAACAUUUUGAGCAGCGCCGUGAAUUCAAGAUUCACAUGAAAACUCACACGGAGGAAAAUAGUGUCAGACAGCUGCUUCAGGCUCAGCAGAAGGAGACACAGAAACUCAGGGUUUGUUGUCGAAAAACCUGCCAGCAAGCAGUUAACGAGCGAAACAGGAAGUUGUGUCACUUGGCAUUUGCGCAACUUUCAGAACUGUUCGGAAUCCACAGACGAGUAACUGCUGCUGCUGAAGACAUAUUCACACACGUAGAAAGAAUCGUCGUCGAGUACGAGAAAGAGAUGAAUCGUCAGCACAAACUGUUGGAGGUCGUUUGGAAACCUAAAGUCAAGUUACAGCGGAUCGAGCUUCCACCGAAAGAUGUUCUUAAGGAGGAGGAGGAGGAGGAGGUUCUCACUGAGCAGCAGCUCUGUAACCAGGAGAGGAACUCCAGUCUGGAGUCUCUACAGAUUAAAGAGGAAGAGGAGGAAAUCUGCACCAGUCAGGUGCAGGAGCAGCUUGAACUGAAGCAGGAGGCUGAUACCUUUAUGUUGACUCCUGAUAAUGAAGAAAGUGAUCACAUGAAACCAGACACUGACCACCAGCUCAUCUCUGCUGUAGCUGAGAGUCAAGAACAGACAGGAAACAAACAUGUAGAAAUUACCAUUGUUGAGUCCAAAGAAGAGAAGGAUCGUCAGCGCAGAAUGAUGAAGAUCCUUUGGAAACCUGUAGUAAAGUUACAGCGGAUAGAGCUUCCACAGCGGAAUGUUAAAAAGGAGGAGGAGGAGGUUCUCACUGAGCAGCAGCUCUAUAACCAGGAGAGGAACUCCAGUCUGGACCAAGAGAAACCAGAGUCUCUACAGAUUAAAGAGGAAGAGGAGGCUGAUACCUUUAUGUUGACUCCUGAUAAUAACGAAAGUGAUCACAUGGAACCAGAACCAGACACUGACCACCAGCUACUCUCUGCUGUAGCUGAGAGUCAAGAUCAGAGAGUUCACAUGAGAAAUGUUACAGGUGAAAAAACCCAUGUGUGCAAUAUUUGUAAGAAAUAUUUUGAGUCUAAAAGCAAUUUGACGAUCCACAUAAGAACUCACACAGGUGAGAAACCCUAUGUUUGCCACAUUUGUAAGAAAUGUUUCACCCAGAAAGGUAACUUGAUGAACCAUGUGAGAACUCACACAGGUGAGAAGCCCUAUGUUUGCCAGAUCUGUAAGAAAUGUUUUACACAGAAAUGUAACUUGAUGAACCACUUAAGAACUCACAACGGUGAUAAGCCAUAUUCUUGUGAAACAUGUGGAAACUGUUUUGGGCGAAGUUCAGAAUUGAAAGAGCAUGAAAGAACUCACACAGGUGAGAAACCCUAUGUUUGCCACAUUUGUAAGAAAUGUUUUACACAGCACUCUACCUUGACAAACCACAUAAGAACUCACACAGGUGAGAAACCCCAUGUUUGCCACAUUUGUAAGAAAUGUUUUACACUGAAAUGUAACUUAAUAGACCACAUGAGAACUCACACAGGUGAGAAGCCUUAUGUUUGCAACAUUUGUAAGAAAUGUUUUACACUGAAAUCUACCUUGACAAACCAUGUGACAACUCACACAAGUGAGAGGCCGUUUUCUUGUGAAACAUGUGGUAAGUGUUUUGGGAAAAGUUCAGGCUUGAAAAAGCACAAAAUAAAUCACACCGGUGAGAAGCCCCAUGUGUGCCACAUUUGUAAGAAAUGUUUUGCACUCAAAUCUACCUUGACGAACCACAUGAGAACUCACUCAAGGGAGAGGCCUCUUUCUUGUGUUUUCUAUAUAGUUCAGAUUUGACGGACCAUGUGACAACUCACGGGAAAUGCCAUAUUCUUGUGUAACAUGCAGAAAGUGUUUUGGAUGAAGUUCAGAUUUGAGAAAGCACAAAAUAAUUCACACAGGUGUGAAGUCCCAUGUUUGCCACAUUUGUAAGGAAUGUUUUCCAUUUAAAAGUUACUUGAUGAACCACAUGAGAACUCACACAGGUGAGAAGAAACCAUAUACCACUGACGUGUAGAGCUGAAACAACUAAUCGAUGAUGAAAAUAAUCGUUAGUUGCAGCUCUACUGACGUGGAUGGUCUCAGAAUGUUUAUGAGCCUCAUUUAUUUGAAAGUUCACCAUAGGUUCGACUCACUUUCAAACUGCAAAUUCGAAACGUAAACUUGGAUCAAAGUAGAUGUUGAGUGCAUUGUAGUCACUUGUAUAAACUUCAUGGAAGCCGUUAGUAUUUUAAAGACAUGAGUAAAAUGAAUUUCAUUAUCUUGACAGUGAGUUUAAACUUAUUGAAUCUGUCUCUGAUUUUAUUCUUGAAUCAAUUGUUUUAGUUCACUACUCAUUUAGUCCUUUUUUAUUUUAUCUUUUCUUAUAUGAUUGUGUUUAAACACAUUUAUUGUCGUCUUCAAAGUCCUGGAAAUAAAAGUUUUGAGUUUGUA